GCAACAGCAGAAGCAGCAGCAACAGCAGCAGCCACAGCAGAAGUCAUUUCACUCAACACACACACACACAUACACAGACGCGCGCACACGCUAUCAGUCGAACAGCGUGGUUGUGUGAGAGAGCGAGAGGGCAAGAGCGCACUUGAUAUACGCGUUGAGUCCGUUGAUUAUUUUCACGAGUUUGAGUCGGAGAGCGCAACAGAAAAACAGAAUUCAGUUUGAGUUGAGACGUUGUCGUGGGCACGUCGCAGCAAAGAGAAGAGCGCACAGCAGCAAAACACAAAACAGCUACAGCAACAAAAAAAAAAAAGACGUAAAGCCAGAGACCAAAGCAAAAAGACAACAAGUUAAACAGUUGGUGCAAAGUGACAGUGCAACAACAAAUCAAGUGCUAACAACACAAACAAACAGAGAACAACAACAACAACCACAACAAAAACAACAAAGUAGAAAAAAUAAGGGAAUAUGUCUUCCACUUCCGCCUCGCCCAUCAGCAACAUAACCGUGGACGACGAGCUUAACAUAAGCAGAGAACAAGAUUUUGUCGAGGAGGAUUUCAUUGUCAUCAAGGAGGAGCGCGAGAGCAGCUUGUCACCCAUGCUGACACCACCUCACACGCCCACCGAGGAGCCGCUGCGACGGGCUGGCAGUUCAGUCUCAGCCGCAGAUGAGUCGGUGGCCACGCAGCUGCACAUGCGACACAUGGCGCACUACCAGCAGCAACAACAGCAACAGCAGCAGCAGCAGCAGCAGCAGCAACAUCAGCAGCAGCAGCAGCAACAUCAUCGUCUUUGGCUGCAGAUGCAACAGCAGCAUCCACAUGGCCAUUAUCCGGUCUAUGCCGGAGCCAAUGCCGAUCCCGUGGCCGUGCAUCAGCAGGCGCUGCUCAUGAACCAAUGGAUACGCAAUGCUGCCAUCUACCAGCAGCAACAACAACAGCAGCAACAGCAGGCAGCAGCUGCUGCAGCGGCGCAUCAUCAUCACCCGCAUUCACACUCGCAUCCACACCAUCCGCAUCAUCAUGGCCAUCCUCAUGCACAUGGCCAUCCCCAUGUGCGUCCCUAUCCCGCUGGACUGCAUACGCUGCACGCCGCCGCUCGCCAUUUUGGAGUUAUGCCCAGUUUGAAGCUGAGCGGCGCCGGAGCAGCUGGCACCACCGGAACAACUGGCAGCAGUCGCCCCAAGAAGCAGUUCAUAUGCAAGUAUUGCAAUCGACAGUUCACCAAGUCCUACAAUCUGCUCAUCCAUGAGCGCACCCACACGGACGAGCGUCCCUACUCCUGUGACAUAUGCGGCAAGGCCUUCAGGCGCCAGGAUCAUCUCAGGGAUCAUCGCUAUAUCCACUCCAAGGAGAAGCCAUUCAAGUGCAAUGACUGCGGCAAGGGAUUCUGCCAAUCGCGCACGCUGGCCGUGCACAAGGUCACCCACCUGGAGGAGGGUCCCCACAAGUGCCCCAUCUGCCAGCGGAGCUUCAAUCAGCGCGCGAAUCUCAAGAGCCAUCUGCAAAGCCACAGCGAGUCGGCGACUGCGGCACAGGCAGCAGCAGCAGCAGCAGCAGCAGCGGCAGCCGCACCACCAACCCAGGCAUUGAGCGCUGCAGCUCAACCUGCGCAGUUGGUUAGUCCCGGCUCCAAUCAGAGCACGCCCGCCUUGGAUCUGUCCUCGUCGGGUGGGGCCACAGUGCAGCGACCGAAGCGCACGCUGGGCUUCACCAUUGAUGAGAUCAUGAGCAGAUAGAUUGGGCAGCUGGUCGCAAUUUAUUGGUUUUACGUUCAGGAUGCACGCACAUCCAGAAUUCUGAGCGCCGCCAGGCAUGGGAAGUGCCUGGCCUGGAGUCGCAGUCAGCUCAGCAGCGCCGCCCAGUUCGAGAGUACGUGUUCGAGUUCGAGUUGCAGGGAACGCCCCCCUGCCCAGCCACCGCUCGCCGUCGUCGCCGCCCCAGUGAACCACAGACAGUUCCGAACCAGUCACAACUAGCCCAAUCGGCUCUAUAUAUACUUACAAACCCGAUCUUAUAUAGCUGUCGCAUUGGCGCUAAACACACUGCAAGAUGCCAAAGCAAAACAAAAUGAAAUAAACAAAUGAGAACUUAGUAAAAAGUAUUCCUCCCACAGAACGAUUCCAAAAUACGGCAUUAAAGAGUACUUUUGCCUCACUAUAUUUUAAGCAUAAGUAGUAUGAGUAUUUCAACCAUUUAGUAAUGAGUAGUAUCAAGUUCUUAGUUAUAUAAUCGUAUGUACCUUAUAGCAUGUAGUAGCCGCAUUCAGUUUGUAAUACACACAAUACCAAUUCCCGGAGACAACCUCAGACCUCUAUUGGUUAUUCAAAGACUGUACAAUUAUUUGUUUGUUUUUUUACUGAAUAUAUUUUAUAAAUACACAAGUACUUAAAUCAAUCCAAUGUGUUAA